AACCUCGGCGAGAUAGGGGAGGCUGGCGCGCGGCUGCCGCAACUGGCCAAGCUGCGUCAAAGGGAUCACGAGCUCAAGAAGAGGCUGAGAUCGCUCAAGAAACGGAGGAAGGUUUGGGAUGUGGCCUACAUGGCAGGGAUCGUGGCGGUCUUGGCCUGCUCGGUGAUACUCGCGUUGGCGGUGUCUCCAGCCACAGCCGCGAUCGCAGCAGCCACGGCGUCCGCCACUGCCAUGAAGGUUGUCGAGCCGCUUUUUAGCUCGGUUUGGAACAGGUGGGAGGGCUCGUUGCAGGAGGAGAAGGAUGUUGUAGCGGCGAUGCGAAAAAUGCGUGAGCUUGCGGUGCAUGAAUUGGAGAACGUAAGGUUGACUUUCGAGAAGUUAAAGAUUGACAUUGAUGCGAUGUUGGACCGCGUGGACUUUGUGAUCGGCGGGGAGGAGGAGGAGAUGGCGGUGAGGAUAGGGAUAUUAAGUGGGCAUAUUAUGGCAAGAGAGGUUGAGAAAGGUAUUGAUGGUUUGAAGGAUAAUUUUGAUUCGUGUAGUGAUAAGAUUAGGAAGGCAGCAACCGAGUUCUUGAAGAUGAUAAUGAAGGACAUCUAGUUCUUGAUCAAGAUGCAUGUUUGUACCAAGAAAGCAUGAUAUAUAUACGUUCUCUUAGGUUUCAGUUUUGAAUUUUGUUUACACGUCAGAUGUCAAUAUUGUAAAUUUAGAGAAGGCGUUUUUUUUCCCUUGAUGCUAAUACGAGAAGUGCAGAACAUAGGUA